AAUCAGCAGGAAUGAAAAUGGAGAGCAGGGUGGCGAUCAAAAACGACGUCGUCGCAACGCCGUCGACGAUGAAGCGGAUGGAAACUACGUACGAGCUAGUCCGGCAGCUCGCGGCGGAGAACGCGGUGGUGGUUUUCAGCACGAGCGGAUGCUGCAUGUGCACGGUGGCUAAGCGUCUGCUCUUCGGCCUCGGCGUCGGACCAACCAUCAUCGAGCUCGAUCACCACGUCGCCGGCUCCGACAUCCACAGUCUCCUCUUUCAUCUCGCCGCCGACGGCCAGCAGACGGUGCCGGCGAUCUUUGUGGGUGGUAAAUUCCUCGGCGGAGUCCAGACGCUCAUGGCUUGCCAUAUUAAUGGGUCCUUAGUACCUCUCCUCAAAGACGCCGGUGCACUUUGGCUCUGA